AAAACUACACCCUGUACGUGGAAAGACAGGAGUGUGGUCAUUGCAUGGGCAUCAACACCACCAUGUGUAGUGGAACAUGCUUCACACAGCCUUCCUGCCAAGCUCAUCAAUGGUGGAGUUGCUGGAUUAAUUGGUGUUACCUGUGUGUUCCCCAUAGAUCUAGCCAAGACAAGGCUCCAGAACCAAAGAGGCAACCAACAGGUCUACAAAAACAUGAUGGAUUGUCUAAUAAAGACUGUUCGUUCUGAGGGCUACUUUGGGAUGUACAGAGGUGCAGCAGUCAACCUGACACUGGUAACCCCUGAGAAGGCCAUCAAACUGGCUGCCAACGAUCUCUUCCGUCAGCGGCUCAGAAGAGGAGAGCUCAAGCUGAGCAUGUUUCAGGAGAUGCUGGCUGGCUGCGGGGCAGGGAUGUGUCAGGUUAUAAUAACAACCCCUAUGGAAAUGCUCAAGAUCCAGCUUCAGGAUGCUGGUAGACUUGUGGCCCAGCAGAGGCAGCUAACCAUGCUCCAUACUAUGAAACUUGAAGGGGCCAGUCCCGUCCUGAACUACUCGUGCACUGUAGGUCCUGCGUCUUCAAUAAGAAAAGUGUCAGCCAUUCAGAUUGCCCAGGAACAACUUCGCAGAAAGGGCAUCCAAGGAUUGUACAAAGGACUAGGAGCAACUCUCAUGAGGGACAUCCCAUUCUCUGUGGUUUACUUUCCUCUCUUUGCCCACCUCAACCAACUGGGCAAGUCAUCUGAGGAUGAGAAUGCGCCAUUUUAUUGGUCCUUUAUUUCAGGCUGUGCAGCUGGAUGUACAGCAGCUGUGGUAGUCAGCCCUUGCGAUGUGGUGAAGACCAGGUUGCAGUUACUCAAUAAAAGUGCAAACGAAGACACCUACAAUGGUGUGACAGACUGCAUCAGAAAGAUCAUACGGAAAGAAGGGCCGACUGCUUUCUUGAAGGGUGCCAGCUGCAGAGCGCUGGUCAUUGCUCCGCUUUUUGGAAUUGCUCAAGUGGUUUACUUUAUUGGUGUUGGAGAGUUCCUCUUGGGACAGACCCCAUUCAACCUUUACUCUGUCUAAUCAUCUUCACAGUAUAAAACCACCUGAAUUAAAUUUAAAAGACCAAGGCAGCUAUAAUGAGACUACAUUUCUGAAAACAAGUGUUUUUUUUUUUAAAAAGAAGACUGUGAUUAUCUUUGAGUUUAAGUGUUAACACUUUACAAUAAGG